AUGCCUCAACUCACAGGUCGCGCCCUCGAUUGGGCCAUCACAUUCGCAGCUGGUUCAGGUUUCUUGCUGUUCGGAUAUGAUCAGGGUGUUAUGAGCGGUCUUCUUACCGGAUCAUCUUUCACAAGGCAAUUCCCAGAGAUCGACACAACAAAGGGCGGUAAUGGAAGCUCUUCGCUACAGGGAACUGUCGUUGCAAUCUACGAGAUUGGAUGCUUCUUCGGUGCGCUUUUGGCAUUUGUUUUCGCAGAGAGACUUGGACGUAGAUGGACGAUCAUGAUCGGCUGUGCUAUCUUGACCGUUGGAGCUGCCAUCCAGACCUCUUCUUAUUCUAUUGCCCAGAUGAUUGUUGGACGUAUCGUUGCAGGUCUUGGAAAUGGUAUCAACACGGCCACAAUCCCCGUCUGGCAUUCCGAGCUCAUGAGGCCAACCUCUCGAGGAACGGGUCUUUCAAUCGAAUUGGCGAUCAACAUCUUUGGAGUCAUGCUUUCGUACUGGACUGACUAUGGCAUGUCAUUCGUGGACAACCAAGCACAAUUUCGUUUCCCCAUCGCGUUACAGAUUCUGUUCGCGCUCGUCACAAUUGCAGCGGUUGCUGUGCUUCCGGAGUCCCCUCGAUGGCUUGUGGCUCACGACCGAUCCGACGAGGCUCGACAGAUCCUCUGGCGCCUGCAAAAGAACGCACACUCCCUUUCACCCGAUCAUCAGAUUGUCUACGCUGAGCUCCGUGAGAUCGAGCACGCAUACGCUGAGGAGAAGGCUGCCUCAAGCGGUACAACCUUCACAUCUCUGUUCAUUGCUAGCCCUCAAAGGUUCCGCCGCAGGACUUUGCUCGGUAUUGGAGGACAGUUCAUGCAGCAGCUUUCCGGUAUUAAUUUGAUUACUUACUAUGCCCCCGUCAUCUUCGAAGUCUCCGUCGGAAUGUCCCAUAACUUGGCCAUGCUUCUCGCUGGAUUUAACGGCGUCGCAUACUUCCUCUCCUCCCUCAUCCCCAUCUGGUGCUUGGACCGCCUUGGACGCAGAAAGCUCAUGCUCUUCGCGUGCGCGGGACAAGCCAUCUGCAUGGCCGUCCUCGCCGGAACUGUAAGCAACGGCUCCCACGCCUGCGGUAUCGUCGCUAUCGUCAUGCUCUUCCUCUUCAACUUCUUCUUCGCCGUCGGUCUCCUCGCCAUCCCUUGGUUGCUCCCCGCCGAGUACGCACCCCUUGCCAUCCGAACCAAGGCCGCCGCUCUCGCCGCUGCCAGCAACUGGAUCUUCACCUUCUUGGUCGUCGAGAUCACGCCUGUCUCCAUCAACAGCAUUGGCUGGAAGACAUACGUGUACUUCGCUAUCUUCAAUGCUUGCUUCUUGCCCUUGAUCUACUUCUUCUACCCCGAGGUCCGAAACCUUUCCCUCGAGCAGAUCGACAAGCUCUUUACCGGAGACAAAGUCUUGCUCCACUGGCACGACAGCAUGGGCGAUCGCCAAGGCUCUUUCGUUGAGCCUAUGCCCAACACGCCUCCUAACAAGGAGAUCAUGGAAGAGAGGGUCGAGGGAGACAAGUACUAAGCAUGGAAUGCAGGAGUGGAUCAAAGUAAAUCUGAGAGACGAUAGUUUUACUCUUUGCAGGCCAUACAUUGUUAGGGAGUUGAGGAGACGCUGGUUAAAGAAGUUCAUGUGGUCAUUCAUCUACCCAUAUACCCAGGCAUUCUCGAUUGGAGAGAAAACCUUUGACCGUGACCCUUAAGCCUACAUCUUCUUCUACUGGUCCCUCCUCCUCGAGAUCACU